CACGACCCGGACGAUUCCUCCAAUGAGAGAAACGCUUUCCGCUUUUCUUUCCUUGUAUCUUCCCAGAACGCUCCGCCACCCGUCCUCCCACGCUUCUUAUGGCGGUGCCGCGGGUCGCCAUGAAGUGUUGGCCGUGAAGCACUUGUUUAGGUUCUUUACACUUUCCUCGGCAUCUCGAUUGUAGAGGAAUCGCGGAAGAAGCACAAGGAUGACGCUUUUAUCAGCUACAGAGCUGGAAAGAGGCGAAUUUUGAUCCUCGUUCGUGUAUUCUUUAACUUGGUUUUUUGAGCCGGGAAAAGAUGGCAACUUUGCCUGCUUUCAACCUAUCCCAUGUUAAAACUUCUUGAAUUUGACCAGUUGGAGGAGAAAAGAAACUUUGUUCCAACAAUUUACAUAUGUCGUUCUCUGACGUAGAGAUUCACUUUGGUUUUGGCUCACGGGUCCUUUCCAGAAUAAAAGGAAUUUGGCUUACAGGGCUGACAUGUGGAGCUUGGCACGUCGGUAGGGCAAGAUCUUAUUCCUUUCUUCAACAGGAGAACUAAAACAGAUCAUAUUCGACAACUCUGGAAGUUCUGAAGGGGUGAAAUUUAGAAACUGGAAAUUGUGAGCUUUCAUCUCCUUUCAGACUUGCCAUCCUGACAGUUCUGCCCAAUUUGGAGUUGGUGCUUAAUUUGAGACUCAUUCAUUUAGUUCCUCAAUGUUAGAGGGCCAUCUUCUUUGAGCAAAAUCAGGACUUCAAUUAUGGCAAAAACAUCCUAUAGAAGACAAUCACAAUCUCGAAGGGACAAUGUUGGAUGUAUGUGGGGUUUGAUAGCUCAAAAGUUCCUUUCAGAUAAGAAACAUGGGAACAUCAGAAAUGCUGGCAGUGGAUAUUCGAAAAUCAAACUUGAUUCACUUAGAAAUUUCCAGAAUAGACACAAAGGCAGUCUUGUUGAUGAAAUCAGAGAAGAUCAGGUUGAUUUGGGUAAAAUGAGUGUGAAAGUACAUAUGGAGGAAGAGAUGUUUCAAUGUCCCCAAAAGAAGAUUACAAACGAAGAAGCACAAAGAGUAACAUCUAAAUUGCAAAAUGAGUUCCAUCCUGAGAAAAAUUAUAAGAGAAGCGAGAAAUUGAAGGUAAUUUCAGAUGCUCAGAUGAACAAUCUGGCUGAUUCUCCUGGCUUUGUUGGUCAUCAGUCUGAUAGUAUGGAUCUAACUGAAAAAUCUUUGCUCAACUUUGACCUUGCUUCAUUUUUGAUAGAGUUAUACAGUUAUACAUGUCAAGAAAUUCAUGCAGAAUCGAAAAAAAAGUUUUACUUUCUUCCUGCCUCAGGAAGUAUUGGUCAAAAGAUUGAUAGCCAUCUUGAUGAACUUGAUGAUCAUCUUGAUCAAAAGAUCUCUUUCUUUCAAAAGACACUAGCAGAUGUUGCGCAGGCCAUUAUAAGUCAGAAGUCAAUGGUUGAAAACCAACUUGAUGGACGAUGCAUUAUCCAUUCCAAAGAAUUCAUCAAUGCAUUAUACACCUUGAAUUCAGACAAGGAGUUGUUUCUGAAGCUUCUUGAAGAUCCAGAAUCACUUUUGCUUAAACAUAUACAAUGUCUUCACAUUACUCAGGUAGGGAAAGUAUCCAAACUGGAAUCAGAUAAAUGUUUAGAGAAUGUUCAGUCAUCAGGGGAACAGGAUCAUAGUAAAGGGAAAUGCGAAGAAUCAAACAGAAAUCAAUUGUUCCACAAACAGAAAAAAUACAAGUUUUCCUGGAAGAAAGUCAAGUCAAUGGGAACAUCCAACGAAAGUCCAAGUUCCAAUGGUUUAAACAGAAUUGUUGAUCUGAAGCCAUAUGCAGUACGAAAUCAAAAUUGUUCUGUUAUAAGUACAAGCACUUCAACUCGAUCUCAUGAUGUUCCAAUGCAUGAUAAAGACAGAUUUCAUUUUUCCCUUCAAGAAAUCAAAAGAAGACUCCGGCGUAUAAUUGGUGAGAGCAAAAAAUCACGACACAUAAUAUCCAUGGAUGGUAUUCUUCACAAAAUUCCUGUUGCUACAUGUAAAAUGAUGAAUAGUGAAACAACGAUAUCGGGCUCAGCAAGCAGUUCUUCUUUUGAUAUUACAAAGCUAUCUGGAUGUUAUUCCAUUGACAAGAGAAAAGAUGAGAAAAACAAUUCAGAACAAUGUAAAGUUAAAAUCAACAGUUGUGUUUCUUCCUCGAGAUCACAGUCUUUGAUAUAUGAAGAAGCCAAGAAGCAUCUUGCUGAGAUGCUAGACACCAAAGUAGACAGUUUGCCUAAGGUCCAAGUUUUAGAAUCUUUGGAGAGAGUACUUUCUCUCUCAAGAUUCAAUGAAUCAUGUCCUAUAUCCAAUCCUCAAAGAGACAAUGAGCUCGCUAUGCCACCUGAGGAGACAGGAGAUUCCUCCUUACAACACUUGAAGCAAGAAGGUGCUGCCAAUACUUUAGGCCAGUCAAGAGCAAAGUUGGAUUUUUCAUCUUGCUCUCUGAGCAUACCAACUGAUGUUUUACAGUUCAUUGUCUUAAAUACAGAUCUCAUUGAUACCAAUAUGCAGGACAUAUCAUACAUUGGAGAAGACUUGAACAACAAAGGAAGCAGAGAGAUCCUGGGAGCAGCUGCUACCAAGAGCAUUGCGAACAUUAAGCAGAUGGAUGUACCAUUGGAGACAAAUGAGCCAAUUGUUGUAAGUAAAAUAUGUGAAGAAGAAGAAGAGUCUUAUACAUUACAAGAAAUGGGUUCAUCUGAAGAGAGGUCACUAACCCUGCCAAGUUCCUUUGUUGGAGAAAAUUCAUCAGAUUCUGAAAGCACCACUGAAAAACCAGAUCAACCAAAUUCAGUAUCCAUUCUUGACACAUUCUUGUCGGAAGAUAUUACCAGCCCCGAGUCCUCUAAACUAGAACACUAUGUCAUGCAAAAACAAAAUCGACGAGUUAGUUAUGAAGACAGUGACAAUUAUUUGAGAAUUAUAACCUUGCCAGAUGUGAAGGACAGAGAUCGUCUUCAUGUCAAUCAAGCUAUGUAUGAUUAUAUAAGAGUUGUCUUGGGAGCCUCAGGCCUGAUGAACGAACUCUUAGAGAGAUGGGAUGUAACAGACCAUUUACUCGAACCAUCUUUGUUUGAUGGAGUGGAGAUCUUUUCUUUCUUCCCGCAAGACAAUUCUAAGCUUCUCUUUGAUUGCAUCAAUGAAGUCCUUGUCGAGAUACAAGAGAAGUUUUCAAGUUAUACCCCAGGGCUAUCUUUUAUCAAGCGAAAAUUUCUGCCUGCUCCUCUGGGGGAAAGCUUAAUUCAAGAAGUUUAUAAGGGUGUUGAUCGGCAUCUUCAUUUGCAGUUCCUGAACACAUUAGAUCAAAUAAUAAAUAAAGAUUUGGAGCAUAGAAGUUGGAUGAACCUCCAAUCUGAAACCAAGAACAUGACGUGUGAGAUAUGCGAUUCCAUCUUAGAUGAUCUAAUCGAAGAAACUGUUUACGACAUGUGGCUUUGAACUCCAGGUUCUUUGGGCAUUUCAUCUUUUUAUAGUACACACAAAUGUAUGCAGUUAAAGUUGUUACUGGAAUCUGAUUGGAAGACCUCUAGGAUCUCUAGCAAAGACUCGGGUGUUUUUCACCCAUGUCAGUUAGAGGUUCACACAUAGCCACCUCAUAGUUAUUUGUACUUCUAGGUUCUUCUUUUAAUGCAGAUUGUUGUGAAGAUUGAAAGGAGUUGAAGUGUCUGUAAUUACUUUUGUAAGUAAUACCAUUGGCAAUAAUCUGGAAAUACCUGGAGUUGGAGUUACUACCUAAGAUUUCCUCCAAGAACACCAGUGCCAGCUGUAUAUUGGUUUAGAAACAUACAUUUAUUACAAAUUAUGAGUUGAUAUGUGCUUUUUGUU